GCGCGAUAUACUCGUAUUGAGUGGUCCUGUUUUAUGCUAACAUCGUUUCGAAGAAUAAUGGACGUUUUGGUACUAAAUGCCUGGAGUGACAACUACAUGUAUCUUUUGGUAGAACAGGCCUCAAAGAUGUGCGCUGCUGUGGAUCCCGUCGAACCGGAGAAAAUAUUGGAUGCGGUCACCAAACACGGAUUAACCCUAUCACUUGUAUUAACCACUCAUCACCGUGCGGAUCAUGCAAGCGGAAAUGGUGCUUUGGCAAAAAAGUGGAAAGAGAAAUCUGGCGAGAAACUUAUCAUAUACGGUGGUGAUAAGCGGGUUGAUGCUUUGACUAACCUGGUCUCUGACGGGGAGGUGAUAAAAGUUGGCCACACUCUGAAUGUGAAGUGCUUGGCAACACCAUGCCACACAACCGGGCACAUAUGCUACUACGUCUCGGAUUCCACCAAAGACUGCCGUGCUGUUUUCACUGGAGAUACACUUUUCCUUGGUGGUUGUGGUCGGUUUUUUGAAGGUACACCGGAGCAAAUGCAUCAUGCCCUUUUGGGUUCCCUCGGUAAGCUUCCUCCAUCAACUAAGGUAUACUGCGGCCAUGAAUAUACCGUGAAGAAUCUUGAAUUUGGUCUUACCGUCGAACCCAAUAACAAGGCACUACAAGAGCGACUGAAACAUGCGAAAGAUCUGCGUGCUCGGGGACUCCCGACGGUACCGGGUACCAUCCAGGACGAAUUGGAUACUAACCCUUUUAUGCGCGUGGACCAGACUGAUGUCUUAGCACAUGCGAAGACCAAUAACCCGAUUGAGGCUAUGCGGGUGAUUCGUUGCGAGAAGGAUCGAUUCUAAUACACUCCUUUGCUUUCAUAUUCACCUUCACUGUUGAUUUUGCUUACAAUAUCAAGCGUUUAUUGAUUCAUCCCGUAUAUGUCCUGUCCAUCAGCCAUCCCGGUAUCUCAAUAAACCACUUAUGAUCGUGACCACACUGCAUUUUUGGCUGACAUCAUAUUGCGUAUCAGUUGAAUUUUUGGUCACUGAGUGUCAUCGGAUGUUUUUUUUCUGAGGAGUUUUGUGUAUCACGUUCAACUGAAAGUCAAGGGCACGAGAAUCAUGUCUAUCAUCAACACCAAUGUAAUUUUCAAAUGAAUGCACUUCGCCACUUACUGAUAAUUCGGAGUUCAAAAGAGCAUAAGGUGGACGAAAACCUGGGGACUGCGCCUACCUGAUAGGUUUCAAAAGGGACGAAAUCGGUAGUGGGCUGACGAGUUUUACA